ACUCAUCAGUCACAUGUCAAAGAAAAAGAAAAAUUGUUUGGAUUUAACAGAUCAGUUUAAUUUAUAGAAAUUUUUAUUUUAAACAUAUGUAUUUUAUAUAUCUUUUACAAAUAAGAGAUUAUCAACGCUGCGUUUACACGUAAAUAAUAGGUAGUAGCCCCCAUGGUUAAACAAUAUGAGUCAAGAUCCAAGCGGUUCUUCCCGGCCGAGUCCAAGCAUUAUGAUUCCCGAAUCGCCUGGGAGCCCAAACUUAUUAUAUCCUCCAUCUCCAGACAACCAAGACAUUCCUCCACCAGCUCAAGACUCUGAAACUAACACCCAACAAGCCAAUGAGGACAGUAAUGACUCGUCAACAACCAAUUAUCAUGCUCCCGUCUGGAGACGCGGGCAAGACUUGGAUGAUAAUUCGAGUUCGGCACAACCUCAAAGUUCUACGAAUGAUGACAGCAAUGCCAGCACCGCCAUACAAUCCACUAACGAAGAAUCAACCAGUCUUAUGUCGUUUCCUGAAGCACAUGUCAGGGAAGCCGAAAGUCUUAUUGAAGAACCGCCAGCGAAGAUUCGAAAAGUUUCCUCCCCCAAUAAGUCGGUUGAGUUGGAUGGUGAAACUUGUCCAAUAUGUUUAGAUUCUUGGGGGAAUACCGGUGACCAUAGAUUGGUUGCACUAAAAUGUGGACAUUUGUUCGGUUCGAGUUGUGUCGAACGAUGGUUGAAAGCGCAAUCGACUAAGGAGAGAGCUUGCCCUACGUGUAAGAGUAAAGCGCAUAUGAGAGAUAUCAGGCAUAUUUACGCUAGAAGAUUAGUAGCUGCAGACACAUCACAAAUCACAGCGCUACAAAAGCAGAUCGAUAUACUUCAAUCUGAAAAGACUAGAACAGAAUUGGAGCUUCAAAAAUCUAGAAUAGGUCACAGAGCGUGCAUGCUACAGCUGGACGUGUUACGCAGCUCAUUAUUUAAGUCACAAGUGACCAAAGAGCAACCAGUGCGCAAAUCAUGGAGGUUCGCGUUAGAAAAGAAUUUGGAGAUUUGCAAAGACGGCGGUUGUAGAGUUCUGACGUACAACUGCAGAACGUACGAGCUUUACGUGUCACAGAAGAGCACUAACUAUUUGUUUCCUGGCUACGGGAUAAGGAAAGUUAGUUGUGUUGAUUACAAGUUGGGGCAAUUCGUGCAUCUUCAUCCUAAGCCUAUCAGGGACAUUACGUAUUCUCAACCGAGAGACUUGUUGCUGAGCGUCGGUCUAGAUAGUACCGCGAGAAUAGUUGAACGCGGAAUCCCGAGCAUUACUGUUCAGUGCGGGUUCCCUCUGUGGUCAUGCUCAUGGGACCACAUGAGGAGCAACGAGUUUUACGUCGGUGGAGUUGGUGGCGUGAUACACCAGUACGACGUUAGAAAUUCCAGUAAUUACAUUCAGAGACUGUCUAAUCCUAGCGACGUAUCGCCAGUCGUAUCGUUAUGUUCUACGGAAUACGGUUUACUGUCGUGCCAAUUAAAUUCUUGCUGGUUGUGGGUAGCUAAUAUGCGGCAAUGGGAACCGCGGGCGUUGCCUAUCGAAGGGCCUUUCAUGUCUUUAUGUUAUGACAACGAAUCUCAUAGAGCUUUGAUAUCAUGUAGGCCUGGUACUAAUGGGGAAAGGUCUAGAUUAACAUUGUGUAAAUUAAAACCGAGUGUUCCGAGUGGAGAAGUGCUAUUUGAUGUCGAGCAGAGUUUUAAUGGGUCUGCGAGGUCUUCAUUGAUGUCUAGAGCUACAUGGGUCAGAGCUCCGGGCGCCUCCUGGAUAGCAGCACAUUCUGAAAGUGAAUCCACUUUAUUUCUUCACGGUUUGGAUGGAGCGAGGACCAUGUCGCUCCCUGCUGCUGAACCAGCUCUGGACGUGUGUUCGGUACAACUGAAUGGGGAUACUCUGGUGUCUGCGCUAUCGGAAUCUCGACUCAGAUUAUACAAAGCUGUGCCAACGACCUCAUGAUAUUAGGUUGAGGUUGAAUGUGUCUGCAAUGGACUUGUGUUUAAAACUAUUUUGACAAACUGUGUUAUAUAACUUUGUAUUUAAGUAUGUGCGCCGUUGAAUUGUAUAAUUUAUGUAGGGCGUUAACGGCGCUGUCGACUUAGGCGAGACUUCCACUUUUCACCACAUAAUUUAUUUUUCACAUAUUUAUACUAUUUUGAUGAAACCAGGAACUUGAAACUCGAUUUUGGUGGUCUUAUGUAAGAAGAGCCCGUAAAUCGUCUUAUAAACAGAACAUGCUUUGGAUUAAACAUCAUUUAAAUCUCGUACAGGUGACUGAAUUGUAUUAAAACAUGGUAACUUCUAUGGAAACAAUAGAUAUGACAUGUUUUUGCAAAAUUGAGUAAUAAUUUAUAAUUUGUGGAUUAAACAAAAACCGAAACGCGGGUCGCCAUGAUGGAGCAUCGAUGACGUCACAUUUUAAUAUACCAGACGUCAAUGUCUCUAUUUUUUUUUUGUAAUAAAACUUCACAACCUGUUGUGCAAUUGUACGUACAGUAAAAAUUAUUGAAAUGGAAUGUCACGUUGAAAUGGACUUGCUUGAUUUCGCGGGCAUUUCUAUUUGAAAUGUGUUUUUCUUUAUUUAAUAGCAUAUUUUGAGAAAAAUUAAUCUGAUAGUGGUUUGAUAUGUGAAAAUUUUAAAACACUUAUCCCACAACAGUCAAGAAGUCCAUUAUGAUGAGUGAGUGGUGUUGUUUGUGAAUUGGAUAUUAAUUAAACGAUUG